AGCUUAAAAAUCCCUGCUGAUGGAGGUGAUCUACACAGGUAAAAAGAGCUGCAUGCCCUAUUUGGCUAGCUUGGAACACAGCUUUAAUCUCAAAGACAAUUACCAAGUUGUCUUGAUAACGGCGUCUACAACCCAGACACGAGUUCUUGGCACUGAAGGAAUUCUGAGGUUUGCAGACUUUUGGUUCGUCAUUCCUUCCACUCCCAGAGCUUUAUAAAUGAGUAUGGAAUUUGAUUUACUUUUUCAGUAAAGUUUCCUGGCAAUUGAUAGCUAUGGGUCAUUUCCUAUUCUACAGAGAAAGGAUAACUUCUAGGAUAAUCACCACCACUGUUUUAUUAUGGAGUGGCUUUCUCAAGGGUUAUGAUAGUACCUGUUUACCCACCUCAUGUCUGAAUGGAGGUACCUGUGUUAUAACUGCCAGUGGACAGCAGGUGUGUCAUUGUGCAGCAGGAUUUACAGGAAGUAGCUGCUCAGUUGACACAAAUGAAUGUGCUGCACAUCCAUGUCGUAACAAUGGGACCUGUAUUGAUCAGAUGAACUCAUUUAGAUGUCAAUGCCGUAAGGGAUUUACUGGAAUUAUUUGUGAGACAAAUAUUGAUGACUGUCAAGGCAAUCCGUGCAAGAAUGGGGCAACAUGCCAAGAUCUUGUUUCUGCUUUUCGCUGUCACUGUCAGCCUGGAUUUGCGGGAAGGUUCUGUGAGACUGACAUUGAUGACUGUGUUGGCUUACCUUGCCUUCACAGUAGCACCUGUAUUGAUGGGGUAAAUGGGUUUUCCUGUACAUGCUUGCCAGGAUACACAGGAGUCUUUUGUGAAGUAAACUACAAUGAAUGUGGUAGUAAUCCUUGCCAGAAUGGAGGAAUAUGUGCAGAUGGGGUGAAUGAUUAUCUUUGUGUGUGUAAGACUGGUUUCUCAGGAAAAAAUUGUGAUAGGGACAUAGAUGAUUGUGAGCAAGCGCCCUGCAAGAAUGGGGGAUCCUGUCAUGAUCAGGUGAAUGAUUUUCAGUGUGACUGUGCAGUGGGCUUCAAAGGAGCAACCUGUGAAGUGAACAUUGACGACUGCUUAUCCACACCAUGUGACAAUAAUGCUACCUGUGUUGACUUAGUCAUUGGGUUUUCUUGCAAUUGCAUGAGUGGGUUCACUGGUCCAAAGUGUGAGAUAGAUAUUGAUGAAUGCAGAGACCAUAAGUGUAUGCACAACUCAGCUUGUGUUGAUGGAAUAAACUCAUACAGGUGCAUCUGUAAGCCUGGCUACGCAGGACAGUUCUGUGAAGUUGACAUUGAUGACUGUGUUCUGCAGCCAUGUAAGAAUCAAGGCAUAUGUGUGGACUCAGUGGAUGACUUUAGAUGUGUAUGUCAGACUGGGUUUACAGGAAAGGAUUGUGCGGUUAACAUUGAUGACUGUGCGAAUAGUCCUUGUCAUUACAAUGCCACAUGUGUAGAUCUUGUCAGCGAUUACAACUGCACUUGUCCAUCAGGCUAUACUGGUAAAAACUGUCAUGUGAUUGUUAAUAAUUGUGCUAAUUUGCCUUGUUUGAAUGGUGGAACAUGCAUUAACAGCCAUGAUGGACAAGGAUAUGACUGCAUUUGUCGCAACGGAUUUACAGAUGCAACUUGUGUAUUAAAUAUUGAUGACUGCUCUCCUAAUCCUUGUCAGAGUGGAGAUUGCAUUGAUUUGGUAGACAAUUUUAAGUGUAACUGUUCUGGAGGCAUCACAGGAAGAACUUGUGCUGGUUCAGUUGAUGCAUGCAGUGCAUUUUUCUGUCGCAAUGGGGGUACUUGCAUGUCUUUUAAUUCUUCACAUAAUUGUGUUUGUCCAGAAGGUAUCACUGGCACAUAUUGUGAAGUUGAUAUCAACCACUGUCAAUCACACAUUUGUCAAAACAAUGCCACUUGUGUAGAUGGUGUCAAAAAUUUUACUUGUCUCUGUGCUAAGGGAUAUGCUGGUCAAUACUGUGAAAUAGAUUUUGAUGAUUGUAAAGUUGAUCCAUGCAGCAAUGGAGGAACUUGCGUGGAUUUGGUUAAUGACUUUAAGUGCAUUUGUGCCCCAGGUUUCCAAGGGCACACAUGCACUGUAGACAUCAAUGAGUGUUAUUCAUUUCCUUGUUACCAUGAUGGGUUAUGCACUGAUUUGGUUAAUGGCUUUAAUUGUACCUGCAAACUAGGUUUUACUGGAAAGAAGUGUGAGAAAAAUAUUGAUGACUGUGCCAGCGACAGCUGUUUAAAUGGAGGGUACUGUUUUGAUGGUAUCAACAAGUUUCAAUGUUUUUGCAGUCCAGGCUUUUGGGGCAACAACUGUGAAAUAAACAUUGAUGAUUGUGCCAGGCAGCCAUGUAAAAACUCGGGCAACUGUACUGAUUUUGUGAAUAGCUUCGAAUGCAUGUGUUCACCAGGUUACACAGGCAAACAGUGUGAUGUAGACAUUGACGACUGUGUCAAUCAACAGUGUCGCCAUGGAGGCUCAUGCAUCGACUUGGUGAAUGGUUUUACCUGUAACUGUCCCCUGGGGUAUACAGGUGUCCACUGCGAGACUGACAUAGAUGAGUGUCAGUCACAGCCAUGUGUCAAUGGAACGUGCUUAGACGAAGUUGGUGGUUAUAAAUGUGUCUGUCAAGGUGGCUUCACUGGAGACAAUUGUGAAGUUAAUGUAGAUGAUUGUGCCGGUUCCCCUUGUCAUAAUGGAGGCAAAUGUUUUGACAUGGUAGACGACUUUCUCUGUGUAUGCCCUCUUGGGUUUAAAGGGAAAACUUGUAGAGUGAAUAUUGAUGAUUGCUUGUUUGAGCCUUGUCAACACAAUGGAAGCAGAUGUGUGGAUGGCGUGAACAGUUUUAGUUGUGUGUGUGCUGCUGGCUAUACAGGUGUGAACUGUUCUGUAGAGGUGGAUCAGUGUGCAGUGUCACCCUGCCAGAAUAAUGGAACUUGCUCUAAUGAGAUAUCUGAAUUCACUUGCUGGUGUCCAUCAGGCUUCAAAGGUCGCAAUUGUGAAGUAAAAGAAACAGAUAACUGUGCGAGCUUUAUUUGCUUAAACGAUGGGAGAUGCCGUCAAACUGGAAAUGGUAGUGAGUGCAUAUGCCCCGGAGGGUACCAUGGCAACCACUGCGAAAUUAAGAACGACAGGUGCCAAUCAUCUUCUUGUGUCAAUGGUGCCACUUGCGUUGACAAUGGAAAGGGCCUGUUCUGCAAAUGUGCUGUGGGUUAUGUUGGAAAAAGAUGUGAGAAAGCUUUUGACCACUGUAUUGUUCGAGUGGCUGAUAGUAACAUGACGUUUCCAUCCAACAUAUGUGGGCCACACGGAGCAUGCGUGAGUCAUCGCUCUGGUUUUACGUGCAUGUGUUAUCAGGGAUACUCAGGACUUCUUUGUCAGCACGAAAUAGAUGAAUGUUUGUCAAAUCCUUGUGGAAAAAACAUGAACUGUAUCGACGGAAUUGACUCUUUCACUUGUCACCUUGUGGCUGAAGUUGACAAUGCAGCAUUCUCAGGUUCCCCGACCAAGUCGUCUUAUGCAAUUCCAGUUGUCGUGGCAGCAGUCGUAUUGGUGUUGCUUGCUGUCUUUGGUUUGUUUAUAUUUAAACUGAGGGCUUACAGACGGAGAAACGGGCGAAUGAAACUGAAAGACCACCAUGCAGAUACACUGCCUCAUCCCUACAUUGAGGAGAAGACUUUCGAGAACCCUAUAUACCAACCCAGUGAUGAGGUAAUUUCUGUGGAACGCCGUGACGAUAUUGACUCUCUAAACGCUCUCAGAAUUCAAAUUGACCGAGAGCUUCUCGACCUCUCCUUCUUGAGCGACGCUGAAAGCAUGGGUCAAAGAGAACUUACGAAAAGUUCUUCGGCACCAGAUCUCCGAAACUUUCACGUGACCGUCGCAGAUAUGGAGACUAGCAGUGUGUGCUCAGUUGAUGAUCUAUCCCACGGAUCCUUGGGAACAGAGUGUUUUCUCGGGGCAAACACAAGCGCCCGUGAAAAUCGAAACGGAUUUGUUCCCGCCGACGUGAAGCGAUCCAAAGAAUGGCUUGAUACUUGCCUUUAAUUAGUAGAAAUGAUAGGCUCUGUUUUGCUUGGCACGCAUUUCUGACUUUGGUAUUUGUCUUCACCGAAGAAUCUACUAAGCGUUUACGCCGGUCCUUCCAAAGAGAACAGAAGUGAAGAUAACAUCUGCUGAAUCGCUUGGAUUUCUUCAAUUCAACUCUACAAAUGUAUUGUUACUUCAGUGCACUUUCAAUGACAUGCUCAUUACGCACCUCAACCGCCAUCACUCGAAUUGCGCUUUAUCCCUCCUCCAAGCACAUUACAGGCACCUCACUGAGAAAGGCAGGUUGGGUACUUCUGUGAGUUGAAUAAGUUGAGUUCAUGUGUUUGUAGUGAAGGAGUUAUUGAUUUUUUUCUUAUUGUCUUGUUUGUUUCCGUCUUGCUUUUCUUUUGUAUUCAAUGUUUUGUCAUGUUUAGAUUUGUUUUUGUUCUGCUUUUCAAUGCCUUUAUACAAUAAAGGGUUAUGGAAGCAAGAACAUCCGCGAAAGUUUGGUUUUCACCUUCAGAAUCUGCGUGUCGUAGAAGGCGUGUCAUCGAGGUCUCAUCCGUAUGGUACAUGCGAACAAACCGUAAAAGUGUAAAUAGAGUUCAUUUUGCGUGUAUGCAUAACAAAAAAAAUGAAAACAUAAAAUUUAUUGUAAUGAGUAACACUGAAAAGUACAAAUUAUUUGUCGAAAUGCUUAACAUCAAAGAUUUAUAAUCUAUAUUUAUUUAUGUACUUAUUUAUUUGUUUAUACUAGGUAGGAAUAUUUCGUUCCCGUCAAGAGGCAAAGCUAAAGUAAUGAGUUAAGUUAAAUUUGUGUGCUCAAGCAAUUUGUAUGUAAAAAUGCAGUUAAAACAGCUAAAGCGAAGAUGGUUAACCAUGCCUAAAAUAUGUAUUUAUAAAGAGGAGAGUACUUGAGAAUAAGAAUAAGUUAAUUACCUAAAUAAGACAUUGUUAGUCGCCUAAUAUUGUAAAUUUGGAUUGAUUUAAGAGAAGACAAGUUAUGUCAAAAAUUAUCAGCAAUAAAACAGAAGUGAUGAUAUAGAAUUUUGGGGAAUAUUGUGAAAAUUUUCCAAUUAUAAAUUAUGUAAUACAAGUUGUUCAAUUUCUUGCAUAAUCGAGAUACACGGACUAGGUGUUUUGUUAGGCCGUGGGAUAAAGACUGAAGUCGAGGCUAGAGUGCAUUGAUUAUAUAGUAUAAUUAUUGGAAAUCUAUUGAAACUCCAAAGGUAAAGAGCCGAUAACCAUUAUAAUAUAUGGGGGAAUUAAUAAAACUUUCAGUGUUA